AUUUUUGCAUUACCAGCAAUUUAUUUGCAUUAUUUCCAUAUGAACUCAAAUAAAAUGAUAUUUUUGAGAUAAUUUGUGAAUUAACAAGUUGUUUUGUGAGCAAAAUGGAUUCGAUAAAGCUUGAGAUGGGGUCUGAAGCUGAAGAGCUGCAGGCGUGUCGUAUAUGUCUGGCCACUGAUGUUAGACUAUUCGGAAUAUAUGAUAACAGAUUGGAUGAGAUAUUUAUCGAUAUUAUGGGUUCUACGCUAUCGGUAUGGGACGGGCUCCCGCAGCAUCUGUGCAGCUCCUGCGGCAUGCUGCUGCUAAAGAGCGGCGAGCUGCGCCGCCGCUGCCGUCGCGCCGAGCUACUGCUCCGACAGUACACGCACACGAUCACAACAGAUUUCAUCCGAACCAUAGACAGAGUAGCCAACAAGCUUUCCCUCCAUCUCUCCAUCACCAAAAUUAACUCCGACACAGACACUAAACCCGACACUAGCAUUGACACUGAACUCGACACAGAAACGAAACUCGACAUAGACUUGAAACUCGACGAUGAUAAACAAGACAGUGAUGAAAAUGACUCACAAUCGGUGUCAGUUUUUUGCGAACCCGAAAUAUUUGUAAGCGAUGUUAAAUAUUCACAAGUUAUAGCCGCAGACAUAGCAAACCGUAUGACGUUACGGAAAAGAGUUAAAACUGAAAAGAAGAGUAAAAAAAAAGUGAAAGUGAAAGUGAAGGAAGCACCUGGAAAACAGAAAAAGGGUUUCAAAUGGUUUUUCAGUACGGAGGAGGAUUAUGUGAAAUUUGAAAAUAAAUACAACAUUAGAGUGGUGAAGUUGAAUGAGGAGGAACAGAGACGGGAGAUGGAGGCGAGAAGAGAGUCGGAGAACUAUAGGCACGCGCAUGUGCGGUGCGAGAAGUGCUGUAAAGGGUUCUUGUCGUUGAUCACGUUUGAGAACCACAACAAAAUCCAUGACCCGAGUACAGGCGCAAACGAGUGCCCGCUAUGUUUCUCGCGUUACAAGUUCCCGACACACCUGCGCCAGCACGUGGUGGAGAGCCACGCGCAUAAAUAUGUGUGCAAGGUGUGCGACCAGGUCAUACGGCGGCGGAGCGCCGCCAUGUUGCACUCUGCGUUCCACGCGGGCAGGACGUUCGAGUGCAAAUACUGCGGACGGACCUUUAAGAAAUCUUCAACCCGUUACACGCACAUGCGCAUUCAGCAUCCCGGCGAGAACGCCUCCGGGGGCGCUUGUGACGUCUGCGGAGAAACCUUCACCGGAGCCCUAGGGCUGCAGCAGCACAAGACGAGGAAACACAACAAGCCCGCAGUGCCGGAGUUGAAAUGCAGUGUCUGCCUGGUCCAGUUCGCGAGUUUAGACGCCGUGGCCAGACACACAGACACCACGCCCGACAACACUUGCGAUCCUAGUCUCAAGGCGUGCUCCGCGUGCGGGGAGACGUUUCCCGACGAGUCGCGGCUCUCCGCGCACUGCUCCGCCCACGCCGACACGCGCUAUAAGUGUGAUGAUUGUAACCAACCAUUUGCAACGAAGUCGUCACUCAGCACGCACAUCGAUCGCGUACACUUAAAGAUCAAACCACGGUACAAGCUUAUCUACAAAUACAGUGCGGCCCGACGUGCUCAUCUAGACGAAUAUAUGUGCGAAACUUGCGGGAAGGGGUAUACGAGCUUCGCGAAUCUGAAAACACACCAGCUGCGUCACACAGGGGAGCGUCCCUUCCCCUGCCCGCUUUGCCCUAAGAGCUUCCUCACCGCCGCACAAGCCAAGGGCCACAAGGAACGAGUGCACGCAGGGAUAAAAAAGUACCAGUGCGCGCAGUGCCCUAAGACUUUCCUAGACAAGAGCUCCGUCUACAAACACAAAGUGGUACACACUGGUGAGAAACCCUACGGGUGCCAAAUCUGCAACAAAACCUUCACCCAAUCCGGUUCCUUGUCUACACACAUCAAGUACGUACACAUGAAGGUGAAGCCGCCGCCACGGCGCCGGCGCGGGCUCGUUGCCAGCGGAGUGUAAUAGUAAAACCAGGGUGCGUAGCCGACAUACCAAUCGUUUACGCUCCGUAGUUACGAGUAUUACUGAUCAAACAUGACCGCCAUGACGUUUUGCCUCCUCCUUUUUGGUACGGACGGCUAAGGAAUGGAAUGCGCUCCCGCCAUCUGUAUUCCCUGAUCAAUAUGACCUCGGUCUCUUUAAAACAAGAGUGAAUAGGCUGUUACUGAACCGGUGAGCUCCAUCUUAGGCCCUGUCUUCACUUUCCAUCAGGUGUGACUAGGGCCAAUCGCCGAUCAGUUUAUAAUAAAAAUAAAAAUAAAAAUAAAAAUUACCGCCAUGAUUAGGACUUUUCACGCGGUUUUCAACCGUAUAAAUUUUUUACUAAAAGUUAAUAACAUCUUACUGUUUUUCUUAAUUAGGUAAUAUUAAAAACAUAAAUUAAUGCCAUGUUGUGGAGGCGCGGCCAACGAUAAUCGGAAGCAAGUCAAAAUUUAUAAUCUGUAGAAGCCUUAAAAUGUAUGUUGCAAAUAAGUGGUACGUACCUCUUCGUAAUCAGGUAUAUACCGUGUGUAAAUCUAAUACGGGCAAUAAAUUAAACCUGAUAUAGAAUUUAUCCGUCUAAUCAUUAAUUAAGAAGUUUUUUUAAGUUACACUUAAUUAUGACCCCAUAAUUAUUAUUUUUUAUUUUACCUAACAGCAAACAUUAAGAAACAUAAGAUGACAUGACAUUACGAGAUACGAGCUUUUUAUAGUAACUGCCAACAAGCGUAGACAGUUACUUUAAAAAGCUCGUAUCCCGUAACUGGUGUGGUGGAUAUUGCGGGGACAAUUAUUUUGUAUGGGUAAAAUUUUCAUUGUAUUUCUGAGCAAAAUCUAUCUCAAUAUAUUUCUUAGGUCCUAUGCUAACCACCGUUUAAAUGUUCGCCCGUAUUAAAUUAACACACUGUAUAUAAACAAAAAUCAAACGAUGUAUGAUAAUAAGUACAAUCGCCAUCAGAUAUAUCGGAGCGGCCAAGGUGU